AUCUGACGCUUGCUCUGCCUCUCUCCAUGGCAGCUUAAAGAUCCUUCUCAGAAAACAUUUGAAGAAUCUCUAGUUUGACCUCGUGCCCUUCAUCCGAUCUCUGUUGGUCGUUCCAUGUUAAUCUCAACUGCAUCCACUUUCCACGCUUCCAUCUAUGUUUGAUUUUAACUUUCCCUGACUUCCUUUCUCUUUCUUUUAUGUAUAUGAAGAUCUUUCAUUUCGAUCUGUACAUGUUGAUUUUCGGUGCUUAUUAAAUACUCCGACAUAUAUCACAAAAAUAAAAACAAUCUCAGACAUAUUCAUCCUCCUCAUCACUUUCUCCGAUUUCGAUUCUGGAGUUCUCAAAGUGACCGGAUUUUUUAUGCUGUUUCUUGCGGUGAUCUGUGACUGAAGUGUCUUUUGAUUGCAGACCUUUGCAAAAAUUUUGGACCUUCGAUCUCUUCCAGCAUCUCUCUGGUUUUCCUCCCCACAAAAAUUAUAUUCUCUAUGGUUGAGCGGUCGAUGAGAAGAUGAAAAGGACACGAGUUUUCCGGUCUGCGGGUUUUUAUUCUUUUCCUCUUCUUAUCAGGAAUAAUUCUCUCUAAGUUGGAUAUUAUGUUUUGUUGGGGUACAUUUGUGUAGAGCUUUUAUUCCUCACUCUGCUACGAAUCUAGGACCAUUAUAUAAUGAAUAUGGAUCCUUUCAUUUGUUCCAGAUAAUUUUUAUAUUCCAAUUGUAUAUUGGAAGUCGCAUGUAUAUGGUUUUCUCAGUUGUCACUGAAACAUCUGCAAUGCCUCCACGCUUUUCUAUACAAACACAUGUGGGAAUUCAAAAACAAAUAUCUACUCUUGAAUGACUUAUAUCGACCUAUAUUCCACUCUAACGUUCCACGUCAGUGACACGUUCUUGAUUGUCAUUUUUUUGGGUAGGUUCUGAGAAUUUAAUAUGGGCUAUCUGCAAGGAUCGGUUAUGUGCCCCUCUGUCCGUACUAAACUGGCAGGAUUCUGCAGUCUGCCUAUGAUUGGACCAAUGAACGCAAGUUGUAUGCGAAGUGAAUUUUGGGGACUCAAGGAAUUCAGCCGCAGCAAAGCUAAGGCCAAUAUUCUCUUCUGCCAAAUAAAAGCACGAAAGUACAAGGCAGUACAAUGUAAUUUCAACUCAUCCUCAAAUGGCAGCGGAAGUUCGGCAGGGGAUUUCAAUGAAAAAGAUGAGGACUAUGUCAACUCCAGUGUAAUUGAGGCUGUUGAAGUGAAGAGUGGAGCAGAUGGUUUUAUGAUCAAAAUGAGGGAUGGUAGACACUUAAGGUGCGUCCAUAACAACCCUCAGGGAGGACAUUUGCCAGAUUAUGCACCACAUCCUGCAAUUGUACUGAAGAUGGAAGAAGGAACUGGUCUACUUCUCCCCAUAAUUGUUUCGGAGAUGCCCAGCGUUUUGCUAAUGGCAGCAGUACGCCACGUUCAAAUGGCUAGACCUACUCUGUAUCAAGUAGUAAAGGAGAUGGUUGACAAGAUGGGCUAUCAAGUCAGACUUGUUAGAGUUACUAAGAGAGUGCACGAGGCAUACUUUGCUCAGCUAUAUCUUACGAAGGUUGGGAAUGAGAAUGAAUGUAUUAGCUUUGAUCUUCGACCUUCAGAUGCUAUCAACAUUGCAGCAAGAUGCAAGGUGCCAAUACAAGUUAACAAGUACUUGGCUUACAGUGACGGGAUGAGAGUAAUUGAAUCUGGCAAGUUUUCGGCACAGUACCAUGUUUCAGAUGGUCUAUUAUCUGUUGAACUGGACCGGCCAAGUGGUCAGCCUUGUGCUGAAACCCAGGAGUUCAAUCUCUUGCACAACAUGUUGAAAGCUGUUGUCGAGGAGCGCUAUAAAGAUGCUGCUUUGUGGAGGGACAAACUUAAUCAACACAGGGCUGGCAAAAACGCGAAUAACAGAUCCUGGACGCUUUAAGCUGUAGAUAAAAUCCAAAAUUUUAAAGAAUGGGAUUCAAAGCAGAUAGCAGUCAUGGCUCUCCCUGUUAUGCACGUGAUGUCUUGUGAAUAUUUUGUAUAUAAAUAUUAAUACUAUAUGCAUUAUUUAUGCUUUUCCGUUGCUCGACUCGAUCCUCAUGAACUGUUGAUAAUAUGCAAUGUGUUUCAUCCACGUGGCGCAGCACGAUGCUGCUGUCUUUUCCUCUGUGCCAUGGUCUGGAAAAUUAUUUCUGCUCAAACAGAUUAUUUUGGUCCCAAUUUAUAUUUUCCUUUUCUUCAUUCUGCUAAA